GGUGUGUGCACAAAUGUGAAACAGUCAAGUCGAAACUGUUGCUGACACGAGUCUGAAUGACAUGCCUGUUUACUGACUUCAGAGAGCAAUAUUCUCCUUCAAAUGAAACUAAUAUACUCUUAACCUGCAUGUACGAAACAAGGACCUAAAGGCGACAGAUUCUUCACAAUCAUGCUAAAGCAGUUUAACAUCUUAAAACAGUUUGGAAAUGGGGGGAAGUCACAAGAUGCAACUGACCUUCUCUCAGAGGAUCUUGUUAUGGUGGAACAACGUGUGGAGCCAGCAAAGAAAGCUGCCCAGAUCAUCUACAAGAAGUUGGUAGGCUGCCUGCAGAGUCAGCAGGGACUGGACUCUGAGAAACGGAUGAAAAAGUUACCCCUCAUGUUGCUGUCUGUCAGUAUGGCUGAGAGCUUUAAGGAUUUUGAUGGCGAUUCCUCCAUAAGAAAGGUUUUGGAAAUGUGCUGCUUUAUGCAAAAUUUCCUGGCACGGACCCUGGCUGACUUUGAGAUGAAGCUGGAGAAAGAAGUCCUUGUGCCUCUGAAUAAGCUCAGUGAGGAUGAUCUGCCGGAGAUCUUGAAAAACAAGAAACAGUUUGCUAAACUUACAACAGACUGGAAUAAUGCUCGCGUCAGAUCUCAGACCAGCACAGGCCCACAGGCCAAGCAAGACGGACUAAGAGAGGAUUUAGAGGAGGCCUGGAAGAGACUGGAGUCUAUUAAGGAUCAGUACUCUGCAGACCUCUAUCAUUUUGCCACUAAAGAGGAUGAGUAUGCCAGCUACUUCAUCCGUCUUCUAGAUCUGCAAGCUGAAUAUCACAAGGCCUCAUACGAAUUCCUGGAGAAAAACAUAACCGAGCUCAAAGAGAGUCACAGCAACACAGAGCCCCAGAUGAGUUCAUCAGAAGAAAAGGUUUUCGGAGAGCCUCUGCUGUCUCACCUUCAGAGCUGUGGAAGAAAGAUCGCUGUCCCUAUUGAGGAGUGUGUCGGCAUGCUGCUACGUACAGGGUUGAGGGAAGAGGGUUUGUUCAGGCUGGCAGCUGCUGCAUCGGUUGUAAAAAAACUGAAGAGCUGUCUGGAUUCAGGGACUGUCGACCAGAAAGAGUUCAGCUAUGACCCACAUGCUGUGGCAGGGGCUCUCAAGAGUUACUUGAGAGAGUUGCCUGAACCGCUCAUGACAUUUGAGUUGUAUAAUGAAUGGUUCAAAGCUGCAGCAGAAAAAGAAACGGAUGAAAAAUUAAAGCAGUUGCGGACAGUGUUGCAAAAACUUCCUAAAGAAAACUAUGACAACCUGAAAUACCUUGUCCAGUUCCUGUCAUACUUGUCAGAGCAGCAAGCGGUGAAUAAGAUGACACCCAGUAAUAUAGCCAUAGUGCUUGGACCUAAUCUUCUGCGCCCUCGCAGUGAAGACGAGACAGCAUUGCUGGACAUGGCAUCUGCCUCUUCAGUGCAAGUUGUGGCUGUCAUAGAGCCGCUUAUACAGUAUUCCAAGAGCCUCUUCCCAGAAGAGGUUGAAUUUGAGGUCCCAGAACUUCCUGAAAGCCCGAUCCCGAAAAUAUCCCGGAGACCACUUUCUGACAGCAUCUUACCCUCUCCCCCUUUCUCCUCUGCUCGAUCGUCACUAUUAAAAACUGACAGCUCUGCAUCAUCGGAGGACCUUGGGGUGACAGUAGUCGUGAAACCUCUGGUGAACCGUGACGCUGUUGUGUGGGACAACAACGAUUCUUAUACAACUGCUCAGCCACCUGUACUCAAUCACAUGCCUUCAGCACUUCCUCGUUACACUCCGGUACACGCCCACAGCCAAUCACAGGCUAAGACACAGUGCUCCAGCCAAUCAGAGCCGACUCAGGAGCUGCCCUCCCAAUCCCAGGAGCCCACCCUGAAGAUCGCUGCUCCUUUUAAACCAAGGAGGUCUUUCAUUCAGCACAAGGCACCAAACCUUGCCAAAGGCCCUCCUUUGAAUCAGGCAGGUGCUUUCCCAGCAGCCCAGACGAAAGUGUUUCCUGUUCCUCUGCCGAGAAGCUCUGAAAUAAAACCACCACCUUCACCCAAGCCCGAAAACACCCAAGCUUCAUUGGCCACGUUGCCUGAAGGAGGACCACAAAAGAAACCCCAAGGCAGAAGACCUAAAGUUCCUCCUCCACAACCCCCCCAAGCACUGAUCAAGCAGCUCUCGUCUCCAGCUCAGUGAGUCUUGGAAAAGAAAGUCGACUGGGAAAAAGCACUGGUUUGCUAUGACAUCUAACAGUUUGUACUUUCUCAUGUGCAGUAUCUUCUGGUUAAGCUUUUAACUGCAGUGUUUUUUAAUACACUAGUGUUCAAAAGUUUGAGGUCUGUAAGAUUUAAAAACAAAAAUGUUUUUGCCAAAAUUGCAGUAAAAAAACAGUAAUACUGUAAAAUAUUGUUACAAUUUAAAAGAACCGUUUUCUAUUUUAAUAUUCAAAAUGUAAUUUAUUCAUGUGAAGGCACAGCUGAAUUUCCAUUACUCUAUUACUCAUCAUUACUCCAGUCUUCGGUGUCACAUGAUCCUUCAGAAAUCAUUUCAAUAUGUUAGAUUUGGUGCUCAAGAAACAUUUUUUAUUAUCAAUUCUGAAAACCGUGAUGCAUUUGUUUCUUUGAACGUAAGUUCAAGAGAACCGCACUCUCCUCUAAAUUUAUAAAUAUCUUUCACUUUCAGUUUUGAUCAGUUUAAUGCAAUCUGAAUAAAAGAAUACGUUUCUUCAAAAAAAAACAACCUUUGACCCCAAGCCUUUGAACAAAAGUAUAUGUCGUUUUGGUUUUCCUUUUGGUAUCUUAGAUCAGCUUUAGAGAUACGGGUUUUAAGAACUGUCAAACACAAAUAUACCACAGCACAAUCUGACAUCCUUUGGUUUUCGUUUAAGGCGUACUGACAAGCUUCACGUUAGAUAUUAAUAUAGAAGCUUAUAUAGAAGCAUGACAUUUAUAAACGCCAUAACAGUACAAUCAUCUACAACCUUGUUAAAGCAUUUUAAGGCUGAUGUUGUUCAUAGCUUCUUUUAAUGAAACUUUAUUGCUGUCAUUGAAGGGUAACAUACAUUGCUAUUUUGUAAAUUUCUUGUGCAAAGCCGCUCGUACGUACAGUAUGUAGAUAUUAUAUUGUGAUUAAGGGAAUUGAGAGGUUAACUGUCAAAAUAAAACGUAAAUUCAAACAAAAUUCAUAUUGAUAUUUAAUCAUCAUUUCAUAAUACAUUGAUAAAAGUUGUUGGGCAUCAUAUAAUGUUACUAUAUACUGUGUUGCUCUUAAGAUAUUUAUCAUGUAAUAAAUGAAAGAAAAAUGAAAG